UCUCCCUCUCGGUGUGUCUCGUGCUGUGAGUCGCGCAGGGCGGCCUCUCAUUGGCUGCCGGCGGACUCCCGGAGCAGGUCGCUCUCCUCGGUGCUGAAAUCGCUGCUCGUCGUGAUAAUGUGAACGGCGAUGAGGCCAAACGGAGCGCCCGUCAUACAAACACCAAAAUGGACGAUGAUCUGUUCCAACUGAGACAGCUGCCGGUUGUCCGCUUCCGUCGCACAGGUGAGAGCACACGCUCCGAGGAUGAUGGCGAGAACAGAGAUCAGGUUAUCAAGGUCCCAGAGCAGAAUGAUCUGGAGUCUGUGGCGCUCACAGACGGAGCUCCGGUACCUCGGGAGUUCGCCAAUCCCACGGAUGACACGUUCAUGGUAGAAGAUGCCGUGGAGGCCAUCGGCUUCGGGACGUUUCAGUGGAAACUCUCCAUCCUCACUGGUCUGUCCUGGAUGGCUGAUGCUAUGGAGAUGAUGAUCCUCAGCAUCUUAGCCCCUCAGCUGCACUGUCAAUGGAGGCUACUCAGUCUGGAGGUGGCGCUGCUAACAUCGGCCGUGUUUAUCGGGAUGAUGAUCAGCUCGUCUCUUUGGGGAAACAUAUCGGACAGAUACGGCAGAAAGACGGGUCUGAAGAUGAGCGUGCUGUGGACGAUGUUCUACGGCCUGAUGAGUGCUUUUGCACCGGUUUACGGCUGGAUCCUUGUCCUCCGCGCGCUGGUGGGCUUUGGGAUCGGUGGAGCACCUCAGUCGGUGACGCUGUACGCUGAGUUUCUGCCCAUGAAGUCCAGAGCCACGUGCAUCCUGCUAAUGGAGAUAUUUUGGGCUCUGGGCACCGUGUUUGAGGUCCUCUUAGCGAUUCUGGUGAUGCCCACUCUGGGCUGGCGCUGGCUGCUCGGCCUCUCCACCAUCCCUCUCUUCAUCUUUGCAUUCUUCUCCUUCUGGUUACCAGAGAGCGCUCGGUACGACGUGCUGACGGGGAAUCAGGAAAAAGCUCUGGCCACACUGAAACGCAUCGCGUCAGAGAACGGAGCACCGAUGCCGCUUGGAAAACUCAUCGCUGCUAAGCAGGAGGAGCGUGGUAAGAUCAGAGACUUGUUUUCAUCACACCUUUGUAUGACCACCGUGCUGCUUUGGUUCAUUUGGUUUGCGAACGCCUUCUCUUACUACGGGCUGGUGCUGCUCACCACAGAGCUGUUUCAGGAGGGAGGUGCGUGUGGAGUGUCCAAAAGUAGUAAGGAGGAGCUUCCAUGCAGCCUGGAGUGUAAAUAUCUGAACUCUGAUGACUACAAAGACUUACUGUGGACCACAUUAUCUGAAUUCCCAGGACUGCUGGUGACACUGUGGGCCAUCGAUCGUCUGGGCAGGAGGAAGACGAUGGCGUUGUGUUUCUUCAUCUUCUCCAUGUGCAUCAUUCCUCUCUACGGCUGUGUGGGGAGAGUGUCCAUGACAGUGUUGAUAUUCAUCGCCAGAGCGUUCAUCGCGGGGGGAUUCCAGGCGGCGUAUGUUUACACUCCAGAGGUUUAUCCAACAGCCACCCGAGCUCUGGGACUGGGAACCAGCAGUGGGAUGGCCAGAGUAGGAGCUCUCAUUACACCUUUUGUUGCCCAGGUGAUGCUGGAGUCCUCCGUGUACCUGGCGCUCUCUGUGUACUGCUGCUGCUGUCUCCUCGCCGCCUUCGCCUCCUGCGCGCUGCCGAUCGAGACGACGGGACGGGGCCUGCAGGAGUCUAACCAACGCGAGUGGGGCCAAGAGAUGGUGGGCCGGGCCCCUUCCCGUGGCUCAGCGGGAAACUCUCAGUCCAGUCCUGGAUCUCAGGGCUGAGUUCAGACUGACAGCGUGUUAGAGAGCGGACUGCGAUGAGAAAAAAAGAGGGAAGGAGAACAGAAAGCGCUCUCUGUGUCCGUCUGCCAUCCCGUGACUCUUCAGUUUUAGGCACCACAGUGGCCGCACAGUAGUUUACUGUAAAUUAUUACUGUAUAGUCUUCAGCCGUCAUCGCUGUCACAACAGCUGACUAUCUGCACACGGGUUGUCAGGAAAGACAGAAUAACCUCCACGAGUGCAGAGCUGUCAAAUUAAAUGCUGGAGAAAAAUGCAAAACAUUUUUGAACGAGUGAGAAUUCAAACCCUUAAUGCAAAGUGUGCGCGCAUUUUGUUUUAUCUUAAAGUAGAGAAGCAAAGGCGAAAAACAUGUUAGGAGUAAUCUUCAUAUGAUACCAACUGUGUCUGUGCUUAGAGCUUCGUCUGUUAACAUCCUGGAAAAAGAUGCUUAGAGAACAUGUGCACACAAACAGCCUGUUAGAUCAUCUCAGAUUGAUUACACGAGCAUCCGAGAGAAGGACAGUUAUUCAUCUUUUAAUUUAAAGAAAGACACACUAAGGCCUCGUCCACACGUAGGCGGGUAUUUUGUCAAACAAGUUUUCCUCCACUGUUUAAAAAAUGAUCCCGUCCACAAACGCUUAGUCAUCAAAAACAUCAAAAACGUCCACAUGAAAACACAAAACGCACUCUUACAGCUGUCAAGAGCACGCCAGGUCAUGAUGUCCUGACAUGAUAAAAUGUUCUCGCCAUUCCUCUGCAGUGACCGUUUCAUUUGACAAAGUUGUCCAUUCAGACGCCUCUCCUCGUCAACAUAGUGGGAGAGUAACUGUGUGUGUACAUGUUGGCAUGUGAAAAAAGUCCAGUUAGCAUCGUUAGCACCAGCACUAGUUUGGUUACAUCUACUUUCUUUUUUUUAAAAUACCGUCCUGCUUGUGGACGAGGUCUAAGUCUCUGACGUUAUGUAUCCAUGAAGCAUCCUUCCUUAACCUCGAGUUCAAUAUGUUCUGAUUCCAUGUGUCGGUGUUGUUUCACAUCUUUACAUUGACUAAGACAGACUCAAAGGCAGGUGUUACUCCAGUUAUGACAAAAACAAACUCAUAUCCUGAUCAUGAUGAGGUCAUUGUAUCGUCAACAGGAUGACAGACGACUUCAAACUGCGACAGCAUUUCACAUCUAGAGCACAACUGAGACGAGUGGGCGACAUUAUGGAGGGAAGGUUUUCAAAAAUGUUCGAUGUUUUUCGGUCCCACGUGUUUUAAAACCAUACAGUAGUGUUGUAGUCAAGACCAGACUAACCCAGACCAAGACAUACCAGAGACCAGAGUGCUCCGAGACCGAGACCGAGACAAGACCAGGGCAGGGCAAGUCCGAGUCAGGACCAAAACAUUUAGGGAUCGAGACCUUCAAAAAGUGAUCUCGAGACCAAGACCGAUUUUGAGUCCUACAACACUACGAGACAUUCUGCCAACAUUUCUGUACUGAAAUGUUCCCAACGUAUUUGUUCAAUUGAGACGCAGGAAGUCACUCUUAGUGAUUUAAAAACGAGAAAUCACAAAAUAUCGUGUGCCGAGGACUUGUAUUUUUCUUGCUGUUGUAUUGAAACGGUAAUAAGAUCAUUUUAUUUUACUAGAACCAUAUCAAAGUUUAAAAAUCUGGUAUCGUAAAAACCGUAAAUGUAAGUUAUAUUAAUACAAAUAAAUCUGAGCAUCACCCAAAAACUGACUCGAGUUAGUCAGUAACGUGAUGUAAAAGUGACGCUAACAUGAGGAUAUGAUGUCACCUCUAAAUCAUGAUGCACACGUGGACUCACGCUGCAAAAACUCAAAUCUUAACAAGUGUAUUCGGCUCAUUUUCUAAUUCAAAUAAUUUAAAACACUUAACAAAGGCCACGUUCACCUGACAAGUCCAGACUAACAUUUUAAUCAAGAUAUUACAAGUAGGGGCGCCAGUAUGGAUUCAUACUGUAGUGGUUAGUGUGUACGCCGCCCUAUGUACUGAGCAGUAGUCCUUAGGGUUAGGGGUUAGGGUUUGAUGUCAGUUUGGGAUCUCUAACCACUUCCUGUUUCUGUGCUUCAGUUCAUGUCCUAACCUUCCAUCAAUAGAAGCGCCAUACUUUAUUUCAAAAUAAAAGCAUGGUUGAACUCAAACAGCAGGUAGAGUACGCUCAACUUAAGACAGUACAAAACUUCAAAAUAAAAGCCUAACAAUUUUUAUUUUAAAAUGGGAAAUAAUGGAAUUUCAAACGUGUGAUAAAAAAUUUGAUUAAUUGCGAUUAACUUUUGAAAUUAAGAGGUUAAUUACAAUAAAAAACAUUAUCCUUUGACAGCCUAAUUAGUAUAUAAACGUGUCCACUAUGAUCUUGUUUGUUCACAAAGCAGCAUCAGUAUUAAUAUCUGUCUGUUUCAUAAAGAGACAAAAACUCCUCCCAGGAGAUUUAAGAUCCUCGACACAUGAUUCAUUAAAUAAAAUUGACAUUUUACGUUUCUUGAAAUUAGUUUUAAAGCUUAUUGCCAGAAACUUGGCGAGUAAUUCUGGACCUGUCAGGUGAACGUGGCUUCUUCUACGUGUAAUGACAUAUCUUAGAGUAGAAAUCAGACGAUCACACUUGGUGAGAUUUGAGUUUUUGCGACUUCACACAUGCAUUUACUACCAUUUCUCUGGAUGUAACAUUCUGUAAAUGAUGUACAAAUACUCGGUUUAGUUGUUGUCUUUGCUUUUGUUUGUGACAAAGGUGACGUGAUGACGGACAGUUGGAUUGUACCACAGCGUUUUGUCGAUGAGAUUUAACUAGUUCAGGUCCUGCGAGCGAGCCGACUCCUACCUGCCAGUGUUUGAUAUUGUGCUGCAUUAAAUGUGUGUGUGCACAGAUUCUUGUCAACACACUGGAUGUAAAUGUGUAUGAUACUGUAGUAAAUAAUCUUUCAAAAAGA